AUGGCAGGAAGGAUGCUCAUCGGCGUCUGCGCCAUGCUGAUGGUGAUCGCCGUCGCUAACGCGGGGGGCGGCGCGGUCGUCGUCGGCCUGGCCAGGUGCGCCGACUGCACGAGGAAGAACAUGAAGGCUGAGGCAGCUUUCAUGGGUCUUCAGGUGGCGAUCAAGUGCAAGAAUAACAACGGCGAGUACGAGAGCAAGGCCAUCGGCGAGCUCCAGAGCUCCGGCGCCUUCUCCGUCCCCAUCGCCGCCGAACUCCCCGGCGCCGACUGCCACGCUCAGCUCCACAGCGCAGCAGGCACACCUUGCCCCGGACAGCAGCCGUCCAAGAUCGUACCACAGUCCGAAGGCACCUUCGUCCCUUGGCGUUGA